UCAGCCAUUGGCAAGGUAUAGCCCCUUCGCUGAGAAUGAUAAACAGAAGUAAAAUUCGUGACAAGUGUGCGAAAUUUGUCCGCCUGUACUCGUCCAAAAAUUUGUCGACGAUUUUUAGCUUAUCUUCCGGUCAAGGUAAAUGUGGAGUAGCAGUCAUUCGAGUUUCUGGUCCAGAGUCUAAGAAUGUUUUCAAGAGAAUUUCAAAUUUUGCGGACAAUGCCCCAAUUCAGCCACGAUUCGCAUACUUGCGUAAACUCAAACAUCCACGCACGAAUGAGUGUAUUGACAGGGGACUGUGUUUGUGGUUUCCAGGGCCAAGAAGUUUCACAGGCGAAGAUAGCUGCGAAUUUCAAGUACAUGGCGGACUGGCUGUAAUUGCCGCACUACAUGAUGCACUGAACUCAAUGAAGGGACUCACGCCCGCAAAGCCAGGUGAAUUUACCAAACGAGCAUUUUAUGCAGGAAAGAUGGAUUUAACUGAAGUCGAAGGUUUGGCAGACUUAAUUCAUGCUGAGACUGAGGUGCAACGAAAACAGGCACUUAUUCAAACCGAUGGAUCCUUAUCGAAAUUAUACGAACAGUGGCGCCACAAACUCAUCCGAUGUGUCGCCUAUCUCGAAGCGGACACAGACUUCGCCGAAGAUCAGAAUAUCGGUUCGGACACGCUGACGAUCAUCGAAAAGGAAUUGACAUCAUUACAGACUGAAGUGCAGGCGCAUUUGAGCGACGGGAGACGGGGUGAAAUAUUGCGGCAGGGUGUGCGUACAGUCAUCGUUGGUGCGCCAAACGUUGGCAAAAGUAGUUUUAUGAAUAAAGUCUGUCGGAAACCGAUAUCGAUUGUGACGGACAUAGCGGGGACGACGCGCGACGUUGUUGAAAGUUCGUUCAAUGUAUCCGGUUAUCCAAUAGUGCUCGCCGAUACAGCUGGUUUGAGGAAAAAUGCAACGGACGUUGUUGAAAUCGAGGGAAUUUCACGAACCCGGAAUCGGGUGGAAUGUUCCGAUUUUGUUGUUGUGAUAAUGAAUGCCGUUGAGGUGCAUGGCGCUGGUAGCAUCGAUGAAUACAAAGAAAAUUAUUUAAAAUCAAUGGGACUGAACGAGUCGAGCAUGCGGGACAAAAGUGCUAUGCUUGUGAUCAAUAAAAUCGAUUUGUUGAGCGAACAAGAUCUAGUGACAUUGAAAGAAAACGGUCCGGGCAUCGCAUUCAUUUCCUGUAAGAAUGACAUGGGAAUAACGUCCGCCGUAUCGAAUAUGUCGCACCACCUGAAAGAAUUAUGCGGAGAACCGAGCGCCAAUAGUCCCAACUUAAGCCAACAGCGUCAUAGACACUUACUAGAAGAAUGUGUGAAUUGCAUGAAUGAGUUUAGAAGUAGCAUAUCACACGAAUACAUAGACUCAGCCAUUUCAGCGCAGUAUCUUCGAUCGGCGAUUCAGUGCAUUGGACAGAUAUCGGGACAUGUUAGUACGGAACAGAUUUUGGAUGUGAUCUUUAGAGACUUCUGUAUAGGCAAAUGAAAUACGAUUUAUUGCACGAUUAAAUGUCAGUACUGCGCAUAGAACGACAAA